UACAAAGUGCCUAGCCCAGCAGCUGCAUAGAAGUCCUAACCAACUAAAGGAAACCCUCAUCCAAAGUCAACAACAAUGAAGUUAACAAUGAUCCUAAGUGUGCUAGCUAUGCUGACAGCCUUGGCCCUGGCACAGCCUGUGACCCCUGAGCCAACAGAGCUCAAGGAUCCAGAGUCGAACGACGGACAGGAAGUGGAUCAAGCAGAGAUCGACUCCGCAGGGCCAUCAGACGUAGAGGCAGCUGUUGCCCAGCUUUUACGCCAGGAGGCAGCACAGGAUGUGGCGGCGACCGAGUCACACAGUCGCCAGAAACGCGCCGUCUGUCGUUGCUACAGACGAGCUCGCAAUGCUAUCGUAUGCUAUUGCCGCUAGAGGGCGUCUUUAUAGUAAACCAAUUACUCACAAUGCUUAAUGAAAAUAAAUAAAUAUUUGUAGCCAUGAAUCAUA